GAGGGAGAGGGAGGAAAUGCAUUAUAAUAUAAAUAACUAAUGGCUCUCCCAUGCAAUAGAGAGAUACGCAACUUUCCCGAGAAAGUUGCAUAUCUAUGAUCGGAGCCCAACAAAGUUUCACUAACUCUCACACCAACACACUCAGAGAGAGAGAGAGAGAGAGAGAGAGAGAGAGAGAGAGAGAGAUUGAGGAAGGAAAUGGGAAGAAGGCCAUGCUGUCAGAAGGGAGAGAUGAAGAAAGGGGCUUGGACUGCUCUUGAGGACAAAAUCCUCACGGACUACAUCACUGCCUAUGGAGAAGGCAAGUGGAGAACUAUCCCCAAACAAACCGGCCUGAAGAGGUGCGGGAAGAGCUGCAGACUACGGUGGCUGAACUACCUGAGGCCCGAUAUCAAGAGGGGGAACAUCACCCCCGAUGAAGAAGACCUCAUCAUCAGGCUUCACGGACUCCUCGGCAACCGAUGGUCGUUGAUUGCCGGGAGACUGCCAGGGCGAACAGACAAUGAAAUCAAGAACUACUGGAACUGUUGUUUAGCAAAGAGAAUCCGAAAGGAAAAUAAUCGAGAGCAUAUCUAUCUCCCAAAUAAAGUAAAAAAUACUAAGAAUCCGAAAAUUCCAACCCCAGGACCAGAACUGGAGGAGAACGGCCACCGGCUGGUGCCAUCUCCAGCAGUUGCAGCCGCAUCACUACAACUCUUGCUUCCACUUCCCAAGGAUCCAAUACUAAAUUCAGGCUCUGUAAUGAAUGGUGAUAUUGUCAAUGAUCUCCCCACACUGGAAGAUGAAUCUGGCAAUGUCUCAUCUUCACCAUUGACAUCUAGGGAUGAUCUGUCCUCCCACAUUGUUGCGGAAACCGGUACAUCAGAUAUUUUCGACUCAGUUGAUUUCUCAACCUUUGACGACUUCUUGUUCAAGCAGUUUGACUCGGUGAUUGAAGCCGGUUGGAGCAGCUGGGAAAGCUUUGAAGAAGCCGACAUAAGCCAUUUUGGGCCAGUGGAUUAUGCAGCUCUUAGUUAUGCAUCAGACCAAUGGAUAAUAUGACUACUGCAUGCCCCAAUAACUCAGAAAUAUUACCUGAGGAGUGAAUGUAUGAAACGUCUUUUCUGAUCUUGAACAAAAGCAGACAAUGAAAAGAUGGCAGAGAAAGUCUUUUUUUUUUUGGCUCCCACACUAAAUGUCCCCAACCUGAUGUGUUGAAAUAAUUCUAUUCGUGCGUAUGGCAUUUGAGAA